AUGCGUAUUUCUUCCCUCUUAACAACGGUAGCCGGCGCUACUUCUGCGUCCGCGGCUGUGAUGCAAAUUGCUGCCACCGCCGCACCCUGGAGAUGGACUGUAACAGGAUGGAGUGCUGGUUGCGCGAGAGAAUGUCAUUAUGACUUCAACGUGACCGGCACCGCAAGUUCUUCGUCGAGGCCAGCAAGACCUUCGUUUAAGGCGUACUGUAGCGGAGAAGGCGAGGGUGCCAACUAUAGGGCCUGCACAGCACUCGAGGAAACUGAGACCGACUACCUUGUCCUUGCGAAACUUCUCCCGAGUAACGGUACUGCCAACGGAACAUCGCACAAGCCUCAGAUCCAAGUGAGCGUAAAGUUCACCGACCUGGAUGUCUCAUCGACGUGGUGGAACUACACUGGAAAGGCCGUGGCGUCGUACAACCAAUUCGUAGCGCCGCUUAUGAACUUCACGAUCACUCCCGAUACCAUUUACGGUGUAGCGUAA